UCACGAAUGGAGGCCGUUGGUGUUUCAGAGUCGAAACAAUCGAGGGAGAAACAAAUGAGAAAAACUUAAAUAAAAAGCCUGCAGUUUUGUCUCUUUCGUUAUAUUUAAUAUCAUAUUUCAGAUACACGUUAAACUGUGUGGGCGGAGUUCGCAAAACAGCCCUUGUCAGUAUUUAGUGUUUGUUUAUAGUGUUAGUGGAGCUCAGAGGCCCGGAUUCACUCACUUCACCAACCAGGGAAUAUGAGACAGAUGCCACAAUGACGUCUAGAUUUGGAAAAACAUACAGCCGAAAAGGAGGAGAUGGGACCUCCAAGUUUGACGAGGUCUUGUCCAAUAAAAGAGCCAUGCUCAGCACCAAAUGGGGCGAGACGACCUACAAAGCUAAGGUGGGAGCAAAGAGACCUGGUCUGAAGACGGAUGGGAUGGAUCAGACCAAGAGAUCCAAGGUAUCAGAAGGCGAUGGCUCAGAGGAUCCGUUCGGAUUUGACAGUGAUGAUGAAUCCAAGCCAGUCACGUCUCGUAAUAUAGCCCAGUCCAAAGCAAAGGUGACGUCGUCGACAGGAGGCUCCCAGGCCAGCUUAACUCUGGAGCCCAACAGCAGAGUCAACCAGCCCGCCAGCGUGGAGGCUGUGGCCCCCAGUAGAGCCCCAUUCUCUCUCAGCAGUGAAAGAAGUGCUCACAAAGUGCCAGAGGAUCCUGGGAAAUUUUUUAACACCUCUAGUACAGGAAAGACCCCAAGUUGGCCUGCCGAGAGCACAGAUCGCCACAGUUACUCAUGGUACAAAAACCCUUCUGAAUGUGACACACGACCUCUUGCUCAGACCACAACAUUAAAGUCUGAAAAAACAGAAGACAAGGAUUCAUAUGAUGCCUGGAGCGCUGUAGUUGGUCUAGGAGCACGUUCUACAUCCCUCUUUACUGCACCUAAAGAGUCAUCUUCUAUGUUGUGGGCAUCUAGUAGUUACAGUCACAGCAACAUUCAGGGCAAAUCCUCCACUGAGACUCGGUUAGACAACUUCGACCAAGGGGAAUUUAAUGUUCCUGUUGAGCCAUCUGAAAGCGAGGACCACUCUCAGUCUGUGCUCAGGGCGCCCAACUGCAGAACGUACUGCAGACCCAAUAAAGGCAAACAGCCUGGUGGAGCUGAUGGGAGCGGAAGUGCUUCCAGUCAUAUCUCCACAGGAGUGUUACAGAACAUUGGGACUGACAACGCUAGUAAAACAACGAACAGAGGUCGGACGAGAGACUUUACAGUGUUGCACCCAUCUUGUGUUUCCAUGUUUAACGUCACCUUUCAGGACUCUAUGGACCGCAGUGUGGAGGAGUACACAGCCAGCACCCAAGCGUCUGGUCCAGGAGAUGAAGGAAGACUGAAGAAGAAGACUGAGAUGGAAAGCAAACCUUUGAGUCGAUCUCGACCCACGCAGAGCAAAAUGAAGAGCAGUAAGCUGGAGCUCUUUGGGUUUGAUGACACUGAUGCUGUGGCUGAGGACGAUGACUCUGCUUCAGGAAGCUCGAGCUACAGGAUCAAAUACUUCGGCUUUGAUGACUUGAGCGAGAGUGACAGUGAAGAAGAGGAGGGUUCCUCUCACAGAAGGAGAGCCAAGAGGAUGGCAGCGGCCGAGGCAGAGCCUCUGCUGUCUAUAGACACAAAUGUUGACAGUCCUCCGCCCAGAGAGAUUCAGAGCUCCCAUAGCAGUUACACUGCAGGUCACAGCCUUAAACAUGAUCCUUUGGAGUUUCCAGACAUCCCCUUCCCCUAUGAGACGGUGAGGAAACCUCAGGUCAAAGCUCAGGAGAAAGCCAAGGAAAGCCGGAGGAUCUUCAGUGGGCCAAAGAAGUCGCCUACUAAAGCUGUGUAUAAUGCAAGACACUGGAACCAACCAGAAGCAGAAGAAAUGCUACCCAUGCCUCCAUCACGAUCUCAGGCUCCUCCAGCCGCUGCUUCAGGAGGCAGUAAAGAAUCCAACUCGCACAAGGACGACGGCGUGUUUAAAGCUCCAGCUCCUCCUCCCAAAGUCAUCAAGUCCGUCACUAUCCCUACAGAACCAUACCAGGACAUGGUCACUGCUCUCAAAUGUCGGAAAGAACACAAGGAGUUGUACACCGUUGUUCAGCAUGUGAAGCACUUCAAUGAUGUGGUGGAGUUUGGUGAGAAUCAGGAGUUCACAGAUGACUUUGAAUACCUUGCCACUGGUCUGAAGACUGGACAACCCCUCAACACACGCUGCCUUAGUGUUAUUAGUUUGGCCACGCGGUGCGCAAUGCCCAGUUUUAGAAUGCAUCUGAGGGCUCGUGGAAAAGUGGCCCAGGUCUUUAAAACUCUCGGUGAUGCACCCCAACAUUCAAAUCUAGCUCUGUGUACAGCCUCUCUGAUGUACAUUCUCAGCCGAGAUCGCUUGAACAUGGACCUGGACCGGGCCAGUCUUGAUCUUAUGAUCCGAUUACUGGAGUUAGAACAAGACAAAUCCAUCGCUGAUCAGUUGACGACAAAAGAGAUGAAUAAAGUGAAAGAAAAGAUUCGUAAACUCUGCGAAACUGUCCACAAUAAGCAUCUCGAUUUGGAGAAUAUCACAACGGGACAUUUAGCCAUGGAGACUUUGCUGUCAUUGACGUCAAAGAGAGCAGGGGAUUGGUUUAAAGAAGAGCUCCGGCUGCUGGGAGGCCUGGACCACAUUGUAGAUAAAGUUAAAGAAUGUGUGGAGAAUCUGAGCCGAGAGGAUGAUAAGGAGAACUUAGUAGCAUCUUUGUGGGGUGCUGAGAGAUGUCUUCGUGUUCUAGAAAGUGUAACUGUUCAUAAUCCAGAAAACCAGGGCUACCUGAUUGCGUAUAAGGACUCUCAGCUCAUUGUGUCUUCAGCAAAGGCAUUACGGCACUGUGAGGAGAUGAUCCAGAGGUACAGCCGAGAGAUGAACAGAGGCCUGUGCUCAACGCUGCCCUUUUGCAGUCACAGCAAUGUGGGGAAAGCCGUAGAGGACUGUAUGCGAGCCAUCAUUGGAGUCCUUUUGAAUCUCACACAUGACAACGAAUGGGGCAGCACAAAGACAGGCGAGCAGGAUGACUUGAUCACCACGGCGCUGAACUGUGUGCUCAAGGUUCCACAGUACCUGCCACAGGAGCAGAGGUUCGAUAUUAGAGUCCUGGGUCUGGGCUUGCUCAUUAAUCUGGUGGAGUACAGCGCGAGGAACAGACACUGUCUGGUGGAGCUGCAGAUGGAGGGAGGUGAAGUCUGGGACUCCAUGUGCGUGUCUGACAAAGAUGAGUUGCAGACUGAGAGAUCUCACAGUGCCAUUGCUGCUUUGGUGAAGCUUUUCCUUCAACGAGAGCAUGCAGCCAUGUUGGCGGAAGCAGAGACGGAUGACUUCAUUAAUGAUGCGCCAAAGCCCCAAUUGGACCAAAGCGGAGAAUGGAAAGAGACCAAUGAAGAGAUCCAAUGGGUGGCGUCAGAAAACAACAGCACAGAGGAAAAGAAGAAAAAGGAAGAGGAGGAUGAAGAACUUGAUCUCAACAAAGCGCUUCAGCAUGCUGGCAAGCACAUGGAGGACAGUAUUGUGGCGUCAUACACUGCACUGCUUUUGGGCUGUCUGUGCCAGGGGAGCCCUAUGAAUGUGACUACUGUGAGGGAAAACCUGCCAAAAGGGGAUUUUUCAGUCAUGACGGAGAUGUUGAAGAAGUUCUUAAAUUUCAUGAACCUUACAUGUGACGUUGGCACCACAGGGCAGAAGUCCAUCUCCAGGGUCAUUGAUUAUCUGGAACACUGCUAGUGUGCUUUAGUGGAGCUCCACACGCAGACCUCAGCAAACCCAACACCAUCAUCAACCAGUACCUUCUCAUUCAGACUGUAGAGAAUGAAAUUUUAAAGCACACACACACACGCAGAACUCUAUUAAACGGAGCUGUUUUGAUUGAGUUUGUCACAAGCUGUUCAUCCGUUUGGUCUUCAAAUGUUUUCAUCACGCCGUAAUUGUGUUCCACCCAUCACAACCCUGCUUAAUCUGCUAUGUAUUGAUCACUCUCCUUGGAAGCUUGUUUUCAUUGGCUGAAAUGGCGAGUGGCUCUGAUAAAACUUGUUAAAGGAAGUCUCCCCCUCUGUUUGUUUAAUUCCACUUUCAAAUCUGUCAAUUCAAAAGCGCUCGACACUGACCUCAACGUCUAAAGGGUGAAUCCAAAUGCGGCAUUCAAAUUUUUUAGACCUCUUUAAAAUGCCGCGAAGACAUGCCCCCCUGGUUCAAAUCCAUUCUCUUCACUUCGCCGUGUGCUCCUUUUGUGUUGCACAAAUUCGUUUUUAAUCGAUAGCACUGUGUCGAAGGUCAGCAAAUGAAUAAAUUACAUCACUUUUCAUUUAGCUGGGGCAGGAAAGGGACAGUGGUUCUGGAAUGCUUUAGUAGUCCAAACUCAUAACCGUGUAGUUCAAAUGCCAUAAUGUUAACGACCCAGAUUUCCAAAUCUUACAUGGCUUAAAUUCAGCAGCGAAGCUCUAUAAAAGCAUACAAGUCGAAUUAUGCAUGGCUGCAUAAUCAUAUUGUGCAUGAGAGAAAUUUGAAUAAAUUCAAAUGCCUUUUCGAAGCUAUAGGCAAUCUCAUCUUUGGGUUUGGGUCAUGGCUACAUGGUAAAGUCAGGUUAUGCAAUGAUUCCCGUGAAUGCGCUGCUACCUAAGGUUUGGACAUGAUUAAAAUUGUCAAGAGAAUAAGUGAUAAAUGUGCGACUGUAUGCAACCUUGACUUUUUGUCAUCAACUGAGCCAACUUUCAUCCGACUUUUCGCUAAUUUGUGUCAUAAACAGCAUUUUUACUGCAACAUUGAAUUUAGCACUUGAUGUUUCGCUGAUAAAGCCAGCAGAUUGCAAUUCUGACCCAAAACCUUCUGCUCUUCUCAAGACUGAAUGUGUUUGUUUGCAUCUGAAACAGUCGCUUUUAAAGAUAAGCUCGUUUGAUGUCGGAUGCUCAGGUGUUUUGCUGCCGUUGUCAGUCUUUUCAUGACUGGAAUAAGUAGAAUUUUCAAUACACACACCUUUGCAAAAGGGUCAUUUUGUCCCCCACCUCACUGUUUAGCUGUUUCACUCUGUUACAUCAAACACUAUGAUUUGUGUUUAUUGGGUUUUGGGCACAGUCCUGCAGUGUCUGAGAGCUCCUAAAAUCACAACGGGAUUGAAUUCACACAGCGGGGGACUGAAUGAAGCAACACGAACUGUAAAUACUUGUGUACAUAUUGGCUGUUGGAGAACUAGAUAGACUACUUUUCUGAAUCCAAUCGUUUUAUUUUAUACCACGUUUUUCUCAGUUGUGUUUUUUUUUGGAGACGAGUUAUCGAAAACCAACUGCAGGAACAUGAUAUUUGUACCAAUUUCAAAAUAAUGUCUUUGGUUACUUGUACAUAAUUUUAACGCAAAUAAAAAUUGCUACUUUCA